UUGGAUUCCAAGACGCAAUGAGCCGCCGAGGACCGCCGCCGCAGACGCCCGCGGGCCUCCCCGAGAUCCAGCAGAUGAUGCAAGCCAUGAUGGGACGUGUGCAAGUGGGCGGUGAUGGCGGCGCUUUGGGCUCGGACGACGAGUCGGACGAAGACUUCGACGAGGACGACGACGAGGACGACUACGACGACGACUACGACGACGACUACGCCCCGCUCAAGCCCACGCGGCGGACGCCCGCCUCCGAAGCGCGUCUCGAGCUGCGCCAGUCGCAGAUGUUUGUGCCUCGGCGCUGCGAAGUCGUCGGCUGCGACCGUCUCGAUGUCAAGCACUGCGCCAAGUGCCGGUGCGUGUUCUACUGCGGCCGCGACCACCAGCUCCAAGACUGGCCACGCCACAAGAUCGACUGCAAGCACAUUGCGUCUCUGGGCCUCUCGGGCAUCCCGUACAACGAGGCCGACGAGCUAACCAAGUACCCGAUUGGGUGCUUCCCCGUCGAGACGACGGACCUCGAGACGUGCUUCAUCUGCGGGGCCGGCGAGAAUGAAGUCAACUUGGGCGUCACCCAGUGCUGCGGGCUCACGGUCUGUGACAACGAGCACGAGUACCAGAUGAUGAGCUACAGCCGCACCCACUGCAUGCGGUCCCACAACCGGUACACGACGUGUGGCUCGCACGCCAACGAAGGCCACAGGCACAACGACUGGCGCACGUGCCCGCACGUCGACUGCGCGAAGCAGCGCGAGUGCCCGGACGACGAACGUGGCGGCGGCGGCGGCCGCAGCUGGUACAGCACCAACGGCUUCAACUCGACGCCGAUGCUCGGGUCGUCGAUCCCCAAGGGCAGCAUGAUCACAGGCAAGUGUGCGACCUGCCCGCGCCGCCUCUUGGACGGCUGGGAAGGCGUGACCAUGUCCCGCGCCGGCACGCAGUGCACGCGCUGCGUCGCCCACUAAUUCGCCACGACACUCGUGGACAGGUUCUGUCGGCGUGCGGUUGCGGGUUCGAAUCCCGCAACGUCACGAAUUUUGCGCAUUUUCCGUGACGUUUGAAUAUAUGAAAUGCAUCCGCAUUGUGGUUGCGGGGCAGAUUGGGGCAUA